AUGUUAAGCAAGUCAAAAAUUUGCGUAAUACUUGGAUCGCUUUUAGCUAUAAUUGGGGUACUCUUUUUGUUAUACAAAUCAGAUGAUAUCUCUGUUUAUGUGCAAGGACAUAGAAUUAACAAGUUUACUAAACAUGCAGGACACUAUAUUAUGAGCUCGGUUGAAAAAGAAUCAGAUGAUGGAAGUUUUAGUGUUAUCCUAAAAUGGAAACCUGGGAUUUUAGAAUAAGAAUUAAAAAUAUCUCCAGUCUUAAAAGAUUUAAGAGCAACUUUCAAAGUUGAUGCCAAUAAUGAAUGCGAAUUUAAAAUUACUGAUUUACAGGAUUCAAGAUUUUAGUUGCCUGAAAACGAACCUUUCCCAUUCACUAAAUAAAGACAAGGAACAAAAGACAAAGAAUCUAAUUUGUUUGAAACAGAGAUAAGUUAGGUUGGAUAAAAGUUCUAUUUCGAAUUGAGAAGAAAGUAAACAUAAGAAAUAAUUUUUUCUACAAGAAAUCAUCCAAUUUACUUUACAGAUAAGUACUUAGAAAUAUCUACAAACUUGGAUGAGUCUAUGAUAUUUGGUUUGGGUGAUAGAAGAACUGAUUUUAUAAUUAAAUCAGGAAAAUACUCUUUUUGGACCUCAGACGCAGUUAAAAUUGAUGAUGGUACACCAGGAAAUUAGCUUUACGGGUUUCAUCCAAUGUAUCUUAGAAGAGAUAUUAAGAGCAACUAAUUCCAUGUAACUCUCUUUAGGAAUGCCUAUGGACAUUAAGUCGAUUACAAAUAGCACUCUCACUUGACCUACAAAUGUAUCGGAGGAAAUAUUGACUUUAAAUUUUUCAUAGGAGACUCUAAUCCUGAAACAUCAAUCAAACUUUAUCAUAAUUACAUUAAUGGAUGGGUACUACAUCCUUUCUGGGUUCAAGGUUUCCACUAAUGCAGAUGGGGAUAUAAAAACUCUGAUCAACUAAUGGACGUUUGGAAUAGUUACAACAAAUACAAUAUUCCUUUAGAUUCUCUUUGGACUGAUAUCGACUACAUGUAUAAGUAUCAAGAUUUCACAAUAGAUUUUGAAAAAUUCAACUUAUAACAAAUGCAACAGAUCUACAAUUUAUCUGAUCCUAAUGGUGUUCAUUGGAGCAGUAUAGUUGAUGUUGGUAUUGCUUUGGAGAGUGAUGCAGCUUAUAGAGGAAUAGACAUGAAUGUUUUCAUUUAAAGCGGUAGAACUAACAAGACAUUUAUUGGAAAAGUAUGGCCAGGUGAAACUUACUUCCCAGAUUUCAACCAUCCUAAUUCCACAGAUUAUUGGUAUGAAGGUUUAAAGAAUCUUACCAGCUUCGGAUUAUAAUAAGAUGGUAUAUGGAUUGAUAUGAACGAAUUUGAUAGCUUUGUCUCUGGAGAAAUCAUUCCUAAUCAAACGAUUAUGGAUAAAAUACUCGAUUACUUAGCCAUUGCACCACCUUCUCUUCCUUUCAAUCCUCUAGGCAUGGAAUAAAUUGACCAUAAAACUCUUUCACUCAGCGCAAAGCAUUAUAGCGGAGAAAAUGCACUUUUAGUUAAUGCUACAAACAACUAUACUAUCACUCAGUACGAUGUGCACAACUUAAAUGGUUUCGGAGAAGGAUUAGCCACUUACAGAGCAGCCAAAAGACUAGGAAGAAAGUUAACUUUUAUCUUAUCAAGAUCAACAAUGUUUGGAAGUGGAAGAUAUGUCCAACAUUGGAACGGAGAUGCUGACUCUACAUGGGAAUACAUGAGAUAUAGUAUUCCUGCUAUUAUGAAUUUCAAUAUGUACGGAAUUCCUUUUAAUGGAGAUGAUAUUUGCGGACUUUUCUAAGAUGUUACUGCUGAGUUAUGUGCAAGAUGGUAGCAACUCGGCUCAUUGUACCCAUUUUCUAGAAAUCAUAAUGGAGACAAUAGCAUUUCCUAAGAACCUUAUGCUUUCCCUGACUCACCUUAUGUGCUUUCUUCUACCAUAAAAACGCUUAACAUUAGAUAUUAAUUGUUGAAGUUCUAUUACCACUUAUUCGUCAAAGCAAACGGAGCAGGUACAAUUUUUAGACCACUGUUCUGGUAGUAUCCUGCAGAUAAUUAAGCUUAUCAAUAAGAUAUGUAAUUCAUGAUAGGAGAUUAUUUGAUGGCUGCUCCUGUUAUGGAAUAAGGUGACGAAUCUUAGUAAGUAACUUAUUCAUGCUUUUAUGUACCAUAAAACGCUGUCUUCUAUGACUUUUACAAUUAAACUCAAAUUAAAUCUGGUAAAUAUUGCUAGAAUAUUUCUUUUGAUGCUGUUGUACCUCUUUACAUUAGAGCAGGUAAAAUAGUUCAUAUUUAAGACAAGACCACAGUAUUAAGAAGCAGAUUCUUGGACAAUACUUUCACUUUGAUGGUUGCUUUAAAUGAAGAUAGCUUUGCAGAGGGAUCCAUACUCACUAUUAAUGAUUACAAUGAUGAUAAUAACAUUAUCACAAACUGUCAAGAAUCUGGAAACUGCGUUGCUAAUAUUUUGGCUAAAGGUUAAUUUAAAUCAACAAAUAUUUUUGAGUUAACCCUUCAAGUUGAAUCAGAAUCAAAUAACACAAAUUAUUAGACUAUCUAUGUUGACAAGUUAAUAGUAAGUGGCAUUUCUCAGAAUGGAGAAAUUUACUCAAAAACUAUUUACCUUGAUUAAAAACCAUUUGUUAUUGAUAGAGAUAAUAUCACUUAUUAAUUAGAAAUUUAGCUUUGA